UCUUUCACUACUUCAAAGAUUACAGAAAAAGACUAGAGCGCAUCCCGAUAUUCCGGCCGCCUCAUCGAAAGAUAUCCCUCGUCUCUCACAGCUCUAAAGAAUCCAUGUCCAUGGCAAAUAUAUUCAAUUCCCGCGGCUGGUCUGGCUACUUCGCUGCUAUCUUCUUUGUCUCGCUACCUGCCCUAGCUGUGCAGUUGAUGCAUCUCAGCGACGCAGCGACCGCUCUCGCGGAGCUACCCUUUCAAGACGUCGUCACUUCUCUCACAUUCCCAAAUAAACAACCCCUUCGGGAACGCUAUACCGGGAUCGAGCCUCUCGAUCUUGGACUACGUUUCCUCGUAGCCGCGUUCCUGCCAGCAGCAGCAGGAUGGGACCCAGGCUACGAGAUCCAGCAAAUCUACUUCAUCGUAUCGUGCUUAGCUAUCAUUGCAAUUUGGGCGGUGGAGGCCGGGAGGAAGGGGAAUGCUCGAGCUGUGACCAGUUUCACCUCCAUUUAGCCGCUGCUCUACCAGACCGUAGGAGGGGCAAUCAUCAUACCGCUCUCCUAUCUGUUCUGCAUACGAGAUUCGUCUCGGCCGGACUAUUG